CGAAAUGACAUUUUGAUUUUGACUUGUCACUUUUUUUCUCUACAAAUUUCACAUUUUUGUAUUAUGGUAAAAAUAGGCACAGUAACAUUUUAAAUAUGUAUAGAAUCCUACAAAGACGACUAUUUUCCCUAAAACCAAUCAAACUUGUCGAGCAAAAGCGCUACAGUACUUGCAGCGAAGGCGGAGGCGAAGGAGGCAAUCAAUAUGAUUCGACACGUAAGAACAUGGUUAUAGGUAAAGAUACCACGGUAAUAGUACAAGGUUUUACUGGUAAAAGCGCCACUGAACAUGCCAAGCUGUGUUUAGCAUACGGCACGAAAAUAGUUGGAGGUAUUAAUCCGAAGAAAGGUGGUCAAAAGCAUUUAAAUUUGCCGAUAUUUGCGACUGUUGUUGAAGCAAAGAAAGCUCUCAAUCCACACGCUACCAUUGUAUUUGUACCGCCCCCUGCCGGAGCAAAGGCAAUAAUGGAAGCUAUCAAAGCAGAAAUCCCUCUGAUAGUUGGCAUCACCGAAGGUGUACCUCAACACGAUAUGGUUAAAGUCAAACAUGCCUUGCUGCGCCAAAACAAAUCUAGAUUAAUUGGUCCGAAUGGCCCUGGAAUAAUUGCAUCUGAAAAAUGCAAAAUCGGAAUCAUGCCGAAUCAUAUACAUAAAGCAGGUAUGGUGGGAGUAGUAUCCAGAUCUGGUACAUUAACGUAUGAAGCAGUUGAUCAAACAACAGCCUUAGGUUUAGGUCAAACUAUCGUAGUAGGAAUAGGCGGAGAUCCUUUCAAUGGUACCAACUUCAUCGACUGUUUGGAUGUCUACCUGAAGGAUCCAAAUACAAAAGGAAUUAUCAUGAUAGGGGAAAUCGGAGGCGACCAGGAAGAGAACGCAGCGGAAUUCCUACUGAAGAACAACAGAGGAGAUAAUGCUAAGCCCGUGGUUGCUUACAUUGCAGGCCUUAGUGCACCGCCUGGCAGGCGAAUGGGCCACGCAGGGGCCAUUAUAUCGGGAGGCAAAGGCAAGGCCGUCGACAAAAUCAAGGCUCUGCAAAAAGUCGGAGUCAGAAUAUCGCCAUCGUUGUCACAAAUGGGAGUUACAUUGAAAGCCUUUAUGAAGGAGAAGAAAAUAAUUUAAGUUUUAUAAAAUAGAGGUGCUUUUAGAAUUAGCUUGCUCAGAUUUUUUUUCUGCAAUAAAUUAUCAACGGAAUAA